GGACGAUCCACCGGCGGAAGCAGACGACGACGACGACGACGACAAAGACAACGACGUAGAGUGUGGGGAAGGGGGGGGUGGUCACGCGUCGCCAUCGUUGCAGACCGACAUGGCUGGUAAGGGUGGGAAGUCCAAGCCUUCCGGCCACAAUGCUCGUUCGCGGGCGAAAAAAGGGCAGGGAAAGGGGAGCGGUGGCGAAGGCGACAGUGAUGCGGAGGAGAAGCACAACUUCUGGUCCGUGGAACAGAUUAUAGCCCUCAUAAGGGCUAAACGUGACCAAGAUGCGCAUAUGCAGGGGAUGGGGCAUGCAUACGCACGAAUGAAACCGCGGGAAUGGAAAUGGCAAGACGUCGCCCAAAGGUUGAAGAACGUCGGCGUGUACAGGAAUGCGGAGAAAUGCGGGAAGAAGUGGGACAAUCUAAUGCAGCAGUUCAAGAAAGUCCAUCACUUUCAAUCACCGUCAGGGGGUGCCGACUUUUUCCAGUUGACAUCGAAGGAGAGGGCGAGCAGGGGCUUCAAUUUCACGAUGGAUCGCGCAGUUUAUGACGAGAUAGAGGGGUCGACUGGGAUGAACCACACCAUCCACCCAAGGAACGUGGCAGACACCGGUGCGUCUGGCGGCGUGCGCCCGCCUUCGACGUCUUACGUGGAUUCUGACUCGGUGGCGGACGGGGAAGGUGGUGCAGGGCGAGAAGACGACGAGGAGGGGUCGACACGAGCCUCUUCGCAGACGACGGGCACCCCCGACGGUUCUGGGAAAAGGAAGAACACGAGGCAGCAGACUUUCGAGGCGCUGACGGAAUGCAUGGAGAAACACGGGGAGCUGAUGGCGUCGACGAUGGAGAGUGCGAGCAAGCGACAAUGCUCUAUCCAGGUCCGACAGUGCGAGGCGUUGGAAGCGGAGGUGGAAGUGCAAAGGAAGCACUAUGCCGCGUCAGACGAAUGGACUGCUUUCUCGCCGCGCUCUUGUAUGCCUUUCGCGCGCUGUUGUGCCGUCGCCUGCUCCCGCCGUGCAACUUUGUUAACGGCCACUGUCGUCGUCGACCACGUCACCAUCUACAACGCGCGCCGUCUACCAUCUUUGUCAUCCGCCAAUCGUCUUGGCGCCAUUCGUCGUCGUCGCCCCGUCAUCACCUGCCGUCGUUCGUCGUCGCCGCCCUUGCCGCCGUCAACGUCCAUCCGCCAUUCGUCGUCGUCGACCUUUCAGUCAUUCGUCGUCGCCCUGACCGUCAUUCGCCACCCUGUAAUCCGUCCGUGUACUCAUAGUCGUCUGUUCCAUUCUGUCUUCCAUUCUCGCCGCCCUGCGAUCAUCCAGCCACUGCGCGGUGUACUCGUCCCCAAGUUCUGCGAACCACCGACCGCGAUCGAAGGCGCUUUUGUCGGAUCCGCCAUGUCUUCCCGCGGAGGUGGACGGAAGAAGGCUGCCUUGAAGCAGAUCGUGGAAGGCGCGACCCCCGCGAAGAAGGGACGUCAUCAAGCGAAGAGGCAGAGGAAGGGCGUCCAAGUCGUGGCCGCUGGCAGUGCGCGAGACGUUGUGGAGGAGGCUGGGGUGGAGGAAGAGAUGACGAACGACGACGACGACUUUGAAGAUGACGACGAUGAACCAUUGUCGAGGAAGGCGAGGGUCGGUUCCGCGGGGGGGAUUAGAAUAAACGAGGGGGGGGAAGGGACACCGACCGCACGGUGCGGCGGUGGCGUUGCCGCGGCCAACCAACCAGUCUUCGUCAACGUGGCACGCGACGUGGCGCGCGACGUCGCAAGGAGGGACGUCGCUGGCCGCGCGAAGCAAGGGGCCGCAUCACAUGAGACUGCGCAACGCGUGCUUGCGCCAGUGAAUCGCCCCCGAACCCCGGCUGCAGACGUGGCGGGGGGUUCCCAAGCACCGGUUGAAGGUGGGACGUCAUUCUGGAACGACACGCAGGGGAGCGCCGUAGUGAGGAUAAUCCAAGAAGCACGCGCGUAUCUCGUGGCCGUGGCGCGGGGAGUGCAGCCUCCGGCUAUUCGACGGAGCAUCUCCCUUCCACACAACUCCAUCCCCCAACACAAAAUCGAGGACGAGUCGGAGCUCAACGCGGCGAAAGAGAGGGCGUUGAAAGUGCAGACAAUCUCCCUCAAGGCGAUCCACGGUUGGGUCUUCAAGUCGGAGAGCAGGAAAAGGGGGUAUCACAUGGCAUACCAAUACGCGUUGAAUCAUGCUGCCACGGACAUCGCUAGAGCAAUGUGGUCAGCAGAGGACUGGCGCAGUUUGGUGAGCCCAAUGUUGUUCCGCACCACAUUGAACGCAGACAUGAAGUUGCCUUUGUGGUUCGUGGGCGUGAACAUAGUGGACAGGCAAGCUAUGGACGGCGGUCGAGUGUCGUACGAGCGUCUGAAGGGGAUGGCAGAGGCGAUGAGGUAUUUGCUCACCGCCACGAUGUGGAUUAUGUGAAUGGCAGGGACGAUCCGAUAUCGCAUUACGACGCUUGGGUUUUCGUUCAACUGACGGCGAAGACGACGCUGCUGGCGUCCAUGAACCGU